AUGGCCUCUACGGUUUCGCACGAUGGUGCCUUCGGCGCUCAUAAAGGUACCGAAUCGGUGGACAUUGAGAAACAAGACAGACCAAUUGCCUUGGACUCUGGACUUCCAAAAUCUCUCGGCGCAGGUUCAGCAUUGGCACUGGGAGCAUUCGGUACGACACUCACCACUCUCUCGUUGAGUUUGAUGGAAUGGCGUGGAGUAACCACCAACAACGUUUUCGUUGCCAACUUCUUUUUCAUUGCUGCAUUUGGGCUGGUGAUAACUGCACAGUGGGAGUUGUCUAUUGGAAAUGGGUUCGCCUAUACGGUUUUCAGCGCUUUUGGUCUCUUCUACGCUGGAUAUGGAGCUUUGUUAACCCCUGCAUUUGGAGUUGCCGCAGCAUACGGUGGAACCAGCACAGCAGAGUAUAACAAUGCCGUCGGAUUUUUUAUGAUCUUAUGGACGGUUUUUGUCUUUACCUUCCUUAUCGCUUCCCUCGCAAGCAAUAUCGCUUACAUCCUGGUCUUUCUCUUUGUUGAUCUUGGAUUCUUGUUCGUCGCCGCAAGCUAUUUUGCCGUGGCUGAUGGCCAUGCUGCAUCUGCUGUUGCGUUACAAAAGACUGGUGGUGUAUUCUGUUUCUUGGCCGGUUUGAUUGGAUGGUAUAUUGUAUUCCAUUUGCUGCUGCAGGACUCGAUUCUAGAUUUACCGCUUGGUGAUACUUCGCGGUAUUUUGGAAAGAAGAAACAAAAGAAAGAGGAGUAG